AUUUCAGCGCGGCAGCAGUCGGGUUUCUCUCGGGGAAAUCAGGUUUAAAAGUCCCUCCUUCGGUGCUCUCCUCGGGCCCUCCCUCCGCACUCAAAGCCACACUUUAACUGGAAGCCCCCCCCCCCCCCACACACACACCCCCCCGCGCCGGGAAGAGAUGGACCGCUGGCCGCGUUGCGCCCGGAGAGUCGGCGGCUUGGAGCGGCACUAAGGACCAAAAUACCCCGAGGACAGAGGACAGGACGGACGGAAUAAAAGGGGAACCAGGACGACGUCCAAGCUGAAUCCGCCGGGCCCGCCGGCUAUGCCCCGGAGCCCCACCUCCAGCGAGGAUGAGAUGGCCCAGAGCGUCUCCGACUACUCCGACGACUGCGCCUCCGACAGCUCCCACGAAGAGACCAUCUACGAGACCAUAAGGGCCACCGCCGAGCCCCCCCCCGCCCGCAUGGACGACAUACACACCAACUCGCUGGUCGUCCGGGUCCUCGUCCCCGACCUGCAGCAGACGAAAUGCUUGCGGUUCAACCCGGAUGCGACCGUCUGGGUCGCCAAGCAGCGGAUCUUGUGCACGCUGAACCCGAGCCUGAAAGACGUGCUCAACUACGGGCUUUUCCAGCCGGCCAGCGACGGGAGGGACGGCAGGUUCCUGGAUGAAGAGCGCGUCCUCCGAGAGUACCCGCAGCCAAUCAGCAAGGGCGUCCCGUCUCUGGAGUUCCGCUACAAGAGCCGAGUCUACAAGCAGCCCGACGUGGACGAGAAGCAGAUCGCCAAGCUGCACACAAAGGCCAACCUGAGGAAGUUCAUGGACCUCAUCCAGCACAACCAGGUGGACAAGGUGCAGAAGUUGUUGGAGAGAGGCUUCGAUCCCAACUACCAUGACGGGGAGACCGGUGAGAGUCCGCUGACCUUCGCCGCCCACCUGGACGACGUGGUGGAGCUGAUCAAGGUGCUGAAGAGCGGAGGAGCUCACCUGGACUUCAGAGCCAAAGACGGCAUGACGGCCCUCCACAAAGCUGCUCGCUCCAAGAACCUGGUGGCGCUCACGACGCUGCUGGAGCUGGGAGCGUCUCCGGACUACAAGGACAGCCGGGGGCUGACCCCCCUGUACCACAGCGUGCUGGUGGGCGGAGACCCGGGCUGCUGCGAGCUGCUGCUGAGCCAGCACGCCGCCGUGUGCUGCCAGGACGAGAACGGGUGGCACGAAGUCCACCAGGCUUGCCGUCAUGGCAAUGUGCAGCACUUGGAGCAUCUGCUGUUCUACGGAGCAGAUAUGAGCGCUCAGAACGCCUCGGGGAACACCGGCCUGCACAUCUGUGCCCUGUACAACCAGGAUAACUGCGCCCGAGUGCUUCUGGUCCGCGGAGCCGACAAAGAAGUGAAGAACUACAACAGCCAGAGUCCAUUUCAGGUCGCCAUUAUUGCUGGAAACUUUGAGCUCGCCGAGCUCAUCAAGAACCACAAAGAGACAGAUACAGUGCCUUUCCGCGAGGCUCCGGCCUACUCCAAGCGCCGCCGGGGUCCGUCUUCUGGCAACGAGCGGUCCCCGUCCUCGCUGUCGGCGCCGCGCGUCCUCCUGCGCUCCAACAGCGACAACAACCUAACGGUCAGCCAGUACCAGCAGCAGCAGCAGCACGGCUCCCCCGGCAAUUGGGCCCCCCACCUGCAGCAACACGCCCAGCCCCACCCGCACGGGGGCCCCCAGCAGGGUCACUCGCAGCCUGGCUCCUCCGCAUUGCAUCGCAGCCUGUCACCCCAGCUGCUCCAGCAGAUGCCCAGCGGCAGCCCCAAUGGCAACGUGGUGGUGCGGACCAUGGGGAGGGGGGCCAGGAGCCGGUCGCCCUCCCUCAGCCGGCUGGGGGAGGAAGCCAGGCGGGCUCUUCCCACUCAGCGCCAGCCCAGCCCCAGUGGUCCCAGCGAGGGGGGGGGCUCCAGGAGGAAGCUCUACAGCGCCGUGCCCGGCAGACACUUUGUGGUGGUCCGUCCGUACGUCGCUCAGGCCGAGGGGGAGAUCACCCUCUACAAGAGCGACCGGGUCAAAGUCCUGAGCAUCGGAGAGGGGGGGUUCUGGGAGGGCAGCGCCCGCGGCCAGGUGGGCUGGUUUCCAGCCGACUGCGUGGAGGAGGUCCCGGCCAAGGCCACCGAGGAGAGGAGCUAUUCCAGAGCGGACCGCGCCGACAGACGGAAGCUCUUCAGGCACUACACCGUGGGCUCCUACGACAGCUUUGAUGCCUCCAGCGACUGCGUGGUGGACGAGAAGACCGUGGUCCUCCAGAAGAAGGAGAAUGAGGGAUUCGGCUUCGUGCUGCGAGGAGCCAAAGCCGACACGCCCAUUGAGGAGUUCACUCCAACGCCCGCCUUCCCCGCGCUGCAGUACCUGGAGUCCGUGGACGAGGGGGGGGUGGCGUGGCAGGCGGGGCUCCGGACAGGGGACUUCCUCAUCGAGGUGAACCAAGACAACGUGGUGAAGGUGGGACACAGACAGGUGGUCAACAUGAUCCGCCUGGGGGGCAACCGGCUGCUCAUCAAGGUGGUGACCGUGAGCCGGAAUCUGGACCCAGACGACACAGCGCGCAAAAAAGCUCCUCCCCCACCGAAGAGAGCCCCCACCACCGCACUGUCUAUGCGCUCCAAGUCGAUGACCUCUGAACUGGAGGACCUCGCCACUCUAAGGAAAAAGAAAGGUGAUGUGCAGAAGAAGAGGAUUGUUUUCCAAGUCACUCUAAAUAAAGUGGAAGAGAUGACGCACGCACAGAAGGCCUCGCCCGUCGACACCAAGGUCGCCACCAUCAAACCGCGCCCCUCCAGCCGCUGCCUGGUCACCGCAGCCGACAUCAACGCUCUGUACCAUGACCGCCAGGGAGUAGCAGUGGCGCCCCCCACCGUGCCAGGGGCCUUCCUGGGGCUACCUGAGAAGAGCACUUUGAAGAAGCAGAAGUCCAUAGGUACCUCGGAGGAUGAGAAACAGGGAUUCCUCACACCUCCUCUACUCAAGUUUGCCCGGAGCCUCUCUAUGCCCGACACCUCUGAGGACAUCCCCCCUCCCCCAGCCAUUUCGCCGCCCUCGCCACCCGACUUCAACUCUGGCCCAACGCCCAAGGGCUACGGCACCACGCGACCCAGCUUCCUCCAGAACUCGCCCAAUGCAGUGAAGACCAUUAGCCGAACAACAGACGUCGGCACGUUGAGGCGUGGCUAUUACCGCCAGAGCUCAGAGCAGUUCGAGAGCACUCGCAUUCGAGGGCGCGCGCCGGUGCCGGAGAACCCUUACUCCGAGGUGGGAAACAGGACGCUGUACGUGCCCGCCAAACCGGCUCGACGGAAGGGCAUGCUCGUAAAGCAGCCCAACGUUGAGGACAGUCCAGAAAAGAAGUGUCGCAAGCCAGCAAACCCCUCAGGGGCGGUUUCCAUGCCCACUACGCCCGUGGAACGAACGUGCUCCUCUAUCCCCAUCCCGACCAUCAUCGUCAAGGAGCCCUCUACAAGCAGCAGUGGCAAGAGCAGCCAGGGUAGCAGUAUGGAAAUCGAGCCCACCACCCCUGAACAUCCGCCUCUCUCGCCCUCUGUCUGUGGUUUGCGUCCUGAAGACCCAAUGUCUCUCGGCAACCCUUUCGCGGCAGCCAUUGCUGGGGCAGUGCGGGACCGAGAGAAAAGGCUAGAGGCGAGAAAGCACUCGAGUGCCUUCCAGUCAAUAGACAUCGGGGACGACGACUUCGGUAGUCCCACACCAACCCCUCGCCUGAGGCACUCAAAGUCUAUCGAUGAAGGCAUGUUCAGUAGCGAUGAGCGGCUUCGGAGGAUAUUAGGUCCACCUCUAGCAGCACAGCUUGGGCCCCCUGUCGGCGGCGGUAGUGGCAACAUGACUGACUUCAACACCCCUGAGCCUACUGUUGUACGAGAGCCCCUAAACACAAGAACCGGCCAGUGUCCCAACCUGGACAGUCCUGUUAGUCUCCCGUCCACCCCUCCUAAGAGCCACUACAGGGCCAACGGGACCUACCUACAUCCUGUCACCGGCAAGCCCUUGGAUCCCAAUUCUCCCCUGGCCCUGGCCCUGGCAGCUCGUGACCGGGCGAUGAAGGAGCAACAAAACCAUCCUCAGAACCAGCCAACGAAUCCUCCUCAGGUUCAGCAGACGCCCAAGCAUGACGCCCAGUCCCUCCCAAUUCAGCCAAGCCACAAACCAGACCUCAACCAACCGCUGUUUAUCGACACCAAGCUACGCUCCGGGAUCGAGACAAGUUUUGCCGCAAUCUCCACGGCAACCAUGGGGCGGCCCGGCCGAGGGGCCUUGCGGAGGCAGAUGACGGAGCAGAAGUACGAGUCUGAUGGGGCGCGAGAAGAGCGGCAGCAUAAGGCCGUAGAGGAGAGGAAAAGCGCACCUGCAGAUGUGCCAGACACAUCGCAACCACAGUCAGCAGGGCUGCUGAUGGUACACACAAUCAACGAGGCGAGCAACAAGGUAAACAACCAGGAGGUGGAGGGGCAGGACAGCAACAGGCCAUCUGAACUAAAGGACCCCAACCAACCCGAUCCCGUCAACGCUGCAAAUCUGUCCGCCAAUCCCAAGUUGGCCUCCUCUCAGAGGAGGAGCAUUACCGUGGGCGAGUCCAUGGAGGAACCGGUGAAGCUGCCCUUCCGCAUCCCCCCUCCCCCUCUGGCCUCGGUUGACAUUGAUGAGGACUUUGACUUCACAGAGCCCCUUCCCCCACCGCUGGAGUUUGCCAACAGUAUCGACAUACCUGAUGACCAGGCCAGUGCCAUUGCAGAGAUGCUUCAGCAGCAGCGACGGAACGGGGGACCUGGCCUCCCCCAAUACCAUGCUCACGCCUCACCAGCCGUCAAGGAUCUACACAAACGGAUAGCGCACAGCAUGCCCCCUUCAUAUCCUCCCCCUCCACCAGACUCGGAGUCAGGGGUGGGUGACUCGGGCAUCGAGGAGGUAGACAGCCGCAGUAGCGGGGAUCCUCAGCACAUGGACACCACCAGCACCGUCUCCAGCAUCUCCACCUUGUCGUCGGAGGGAGGCUUCUGCGACAGCGCUAUGGAGAGCCUCUAUGCCGCGGACGGACACGCCUACCUGGUGGAUCGCCCCCCCGUCGCCCCCAAACCCAAGGGCAAGUCCGUCAUCAACAGGACAUCGCUCUAUCACGACACUCUCAUAGAGGAGCCUCCAGAGUCCUACGGGUCACCGCCUCAGGCCCCGCCACCUCUCCCCUCAUGCUCCGAACCACCGAAGACUCCCACUCACAGGACGUCCAAGCUCUGGGGCGAUCAGCCCCCGGAGCUGCGCAGCCCCCCAUCUCCACCGGACACCAAGAACACUGUCAUCACCGAGCUGAGCUCUAUUCUGCAGCAAAUGAAUCGCGACAGGCCGUCCAAGCCCGGAGAAAGCCUUGACUCCCCGACGGGGACAAGGGGGGGCUUUGGAACAAGGCCGCCCUCGGACGACUCAGGAAUGCGUAACAGCGCCUCCACGCCCCCCAGCAGCCUCCCGUCACAGACGCACCCCUGCAGCCCGCCGGACUCCGCCUCCUCCCUCACCCCUUGCUCCUCGCUGCCUCCCUCCGUGUCCCCCACCCUCACCGACGUCUUCGGCCUGCCCACCCCCCCCAUGGGCAGCGGCGGCGCCUACAGCCUGAGCUCCUCGUGCGGCGGCAGCUCGCGCUCGCCCUCGCCGCUCACGCUCAUGCAGCAGUCGGCGGCCUCGGGGAAACCCUUCGCCUCCAAGCCCGUGGAGCUGUGGAGCAAAGAGGACGUGGCGGACUGGCUGGAGAGUCUCCACCUGGGGGAGCACCGCGACGCCUUCCUGGACAACGAGAUCGAGGGGGCCCACCUGCCCUCGCUGCAGAAGGAGGACCUGAUAGACCUGGGCGUGACCAGGGUGGGCCACCGCAUGAACAUCGAGAGGGCCCUCAAGAUGCUGCAGGACAGAUAGAGCCUAGAUAGACCGGGGGGGGGGGGGGCACUUUUAUACCGACCGCUCCAUCCAAACCGGGUGGAGGUUUUGUCCCAAACCUUCUUUGGUCCUCCCUCAUCCUCCGUCUCAGUGCUCCUCCUCUUCCUUCCACACCGCCCCUGAGCCUCGUGGGGGGGGGGGGUCAGGGACGACCCACUGGGGGCUCGGGGGGUGAAGAUCAAGCUGCUACGUCACGUGGAAGAGACGUGUUACUGACACUGAGGGACCAGCUGAGCUGGUCGUCGCUCCUUUUCUAUCUUUGCUAGAAUAAUAUUUCUUCACUAGAGUCCACGUUAUAUUUCUGGUGCGUCUAAAGUUGUAGAGAAACAAUUUGAGAUAGACUCCAUUUUUCUUCUUUUGUGCUUUUCACCUGUUUGUGUUAAAAUGAGAACUGUUUAAAAUAGACACUGAACCACACCGGGUGUCCACACACACACACACACACACACACACACAUGAUGGCCUUCCUCUCCUCAGAGAGAGCACAGCGCAGAGGGGAUGGUUCACCUGUCUCCUCCCGCCUCAUCGUAACCACGGCGACCAAUGGGAGCGCACUCGUGGCUUUUUCAAUGUGUGUGUGUGUGUGUGUGUGUUGAAGGUUCGGACGUGUCCAUGGACCAUCUUCACAGGCCUCCGUGUGGACAAACCAGAACCGCUCCUUACCUUCUUCUUCUUCUUCUUCUUCCUGUCAGAGCUCCUCCCCCUCCUCACUAGCAGGUGGGCGUGGCCCCGCCAGGACGCCGAUGUCUCGGACGCCCCGUGGGUCCGUGGUAGAAGGUUUUUAGAGAGAGAGCCUUUAAAGGGACGGUUUGACAUUUUGGGGGACAGGAGCUUUCUUGCAGCGAGGUGGAUGCCACGUGGAUACGGUAUGCAGCUCAGAGUAGCUUAGCAUAAAGUGAUGCUAAUGAUACAUUUAAAUUCUGCCUGGUCUGUCACGUGAUGCUUGAGUGCCCAAGAAUACGUUUCCCUUAGACUUACAUUAGGAAAGGGACGUCUGUACCUCCUCCAAUCAGGUGAAUGAGAACGAGCCCAGGAGGCGGGGCUUAACACAGGCCCUCCCCGUUGAUGCUGGGGAUGAACGUGGCUCCGCCUCCAACGCUUUAUCCAGACUUUCUUCUUUUGUUCAGAAGUCCUCGGCCUGUUUCCUAUCUUCAUGCUAAGCUACGCUUAGCUAAAGGUCUCCUGGCAUCGACCUUCUCGUUACAAACUGCAGGACUUCUCCCAAGUGUCAAACCUUUGAAGUCCGUUGUUUGGUGCAUUUUAUUGACUUUGAAUCCAGCGUCGGAUCCGUUUGAAGGCCUUUUUUUAGCUUUCAACAAUUUUAAAUAUCACAAGUGAUAAGCAACCUAGUAUUUAAGAACUCAUAGGUUGACAUUUAAAGAGCUACAGCUGGAAGGAAACGGCGUGUUUUCUAUAGCGCUGAAUCAACGUGAUUUUGUACAUGUUUUUUGUUGAUGGAAAAAAUGAAUAUCGAGGAGGUUUGUUAGCAUGAAGCUAACUGCGGGCUCGUUGCCAACCACAUCCCAAAAUGACCUAAAGAGCAAACCUCACGACUCAGAACGCUGGGCUUUCAGAGCAGAUGGAGACUCUGCGGCUUCGGGGGGUUUAACAUGUCGAAUUACGCAUUUCUUUACGUAACUGUCCUGCUCUUAACUCUCCGAUAACAAAGAAAGCAACCUGAGAGACGGCAGAUGUUCAUCAGCGUGAGAUUAGAAGAAUAAUCCGUCCUCUUCAUACCUUCUCAUCAAGGGUCCAAUCUUAAACUAAAUCAGCAUUAUGGAGGUGUGUGUGUGUGUGUGAUAGCAGUGAGUCCAGGCCGGUCACAAGUAGAAGUGCAGUAUGUGUGAAACGUGUACAUAACAUACGACACAAAGAAGUCUAUUUCAUGAUAUGUCCAGCUCUGUUAAAGCUCUAGAGUUUGAGGAAAAAUGAAUUCUAUGAAGAUGGAUUUAUAGUUUGAGCCGACGUUGACAGCAUCCUGCAGAGGAAGCCUUAAAUAGCUCCCAGGUCCCCUCCUCCACCUGCACCACCAACACCGCUUUCAUCUCAGUAGAUUCCUCCAGAGGCUCCUGACGGGGGCUCGAUGUGUCCACAGCAACAUGCACAUGUAUCCAUAUAUACAUAUACGUGUAUGUUUAUACAUGCACAUGUAUAUAUAUAUACAUAUAUACGUGUAUGUUUAUACAUGCACAUGUAUAUAUAUAUAUACA